UUCGUCGAGUCGGUCGCGACGUACGGUCGUGCGUUUAAUAGCCUGCAAAACGGGAGAAAUUAUAGGUAGCAAAAUCAAAAUAGAUAGUUUUCUGUGUGACAAACAAACAAAUGCGUGGCAAAUGUAUCUCCAGUCGACUCGACGAUUCUGAAACCAGCAGCAUCCAGAAAUCGUUGACCAUAAUUGAUCUAAAAGCUGCGGACUUUUACCAAAUAAUGGCAUAGCUAGUGGACAACGAAAAAUGAGGUCAAACACACGCCGGUUUCUCGCUCUCGAGCUUCGCUCGUCUCGCUGUAUGGUGGUAUUGGUGUGCUAGCGCUCGCGUACCAUCACGGGUUGUGUGUUGAGUUGAGCAGCUAAAGAACGCGUGGUUGUUGGUGGUUUUUCCGUAGCGCUUUUCGCAUGUCCCGUGGAAACCGAGGAAAAGUUGCCGCUGCUACUGCUGCUGCUGUGACUGUGGGACCGUGUGGUGUGCAUGUGAUUUAAAAUUACCCUUGGCGAACCCGGUGCGACCAAAGAGGCAGUGUGAAAAACGUAUCUGCAAGGCGAAAACGAACAAGCGCUCGACAGAGAGCCUGCUACUUUCUUCCGUCCAUCAUGGGUCGGUGUCCGUGCCACGAAACGAUUAUGUGCCGUUUGUGAUAACGAUUGGAACAAUUGCGGAGGCGAAGAGACCCAGAGGCCGGUAUUAUGAAAAUUCAUAGCUACAGCACCAGCCCACGACACGAGGAAGCGAACACUCGAACGGCCAAAAGCAAUCGCAAAACAGCCGCAGCCGCCGUCGCAAAGCAGCCAAACGGUGUGGAAACGUCCAGAGGCGAUUCGUCGGCGCGCAGACUGCAGAGACCGACGAGAACGGUGCGAAAUAAUACUCCGGUCGCCGCCAGGAACCGGAACCCGGAGCUGGACAACAAAGCCAACCGAUUGGCGGUGGCAACGGCGAGACGGAGGACACAGCUGGAGAAGCUGAAGGAGCACCAGCGGACGUCGUCCGCGAACAGUGCCGAGGAAGAGGAAGAGGAGGAGGAGGAGGCGGCCGAAGGGGAGCUAGACCCUUUGGACGACGAAGAGACGGACGAGGUGGUGGAGGAGGAGGAGGAAGAAGAACAGGCAGAGCAGGAGCAAGGGAGCGACGCUGAGGCAAGCGCCGCCAAAAGACCUCGCCGUGAAGUAAAGGAGGUGGUUGGGACACGUACAGCAAAAGCAACGCCGCCGCAACGUGGCAAGCAGCAGCAGGCGGGGGAGAGGCAGCAGAAGCUAGUACGCAUAGCCACGGAAAAGCAACAGACGGAGGAAGAGGAACAGGAGGAGGAGGAGGAAGACGACGGAACGUCAUCGUCGACAGCGUCAGCCGAGGAGGAGAUCGGCGAAGAGAUGGAACCACUAGGGCCGAAGGGAGGCCCCCGUGUGGUGUCAACAGCAUCCCGAGUAUCGCUUGGCCGCGGUUCCUCAUCGGCGGUGGCCCGCGGAAGCACUACCACCAUCCUGCUGGCGGAGGAAGACUACGACGAGCAGGAUCAACAGGUGGAUGAGGAGGACGCUGCGAUGGACGAAUACGAAGGAGCUUCCGGUGCGGGCGCACUCGGUGGUGGAAGCGAGGAUAUGGAAGACACAGACGGUGCCUUGACCGGGAACCGAUUAUUUCGGAAGAAGGUGAAACGAAAAGUUCACACGCGGACAAACAGUACCAGCGCGGGCAGCAGCCUCGGGGGCCUCGGUGGCGCAACCAACCAAAUCACGUCCUCAAAGGCCAAGCUGCAGAUGCUGCAGGAGUUCCCGACACUCUUCAUCGGGCUGCGGCGGAAUCGCAUGUUCUUGGUGAAUUCGCUCGCACAGUCGUUCGAUCUUAACCAGCGUGACAUCGUGCUGACGCUGCGCAAGAUCAAGCAGAACGAGAGCAGCGCCCGGCUGGCGAACUUCUUCGGCAUCGGGGCGGCCGAGGUCGACCUGCUGUUUCACACGAGCGUGCCUAAGAUCGCCGAUUGCCUGCGCAACUUCAUCGUGUGGCCCGACGAUUUCACCAUGAAGCUGAACGUGCCGAUCAGCCUCCGUCAGCACUUCAACCGGAUCCACCUGAUACUGAACUACCUGGUGCUGCGGGUGAAGCAGAACGCCGUCCAGCAGCUGCCGCCGAGCGAAAUCGGGACGGCGUACUGUCCGGUCGACCAGUGCCACAAGCUGAAGUACCUCGUUGCCUCCACGCUGGACGGGUGCGUCUGCUUCGUGUCGCGUGCGUUCGGCGUCCAGACGGACGACGAGCAGCUGCUCGCCCAGUCCGGCUUUCUCACCAAGUUCAAAACCAACACGAACCUGAUCGCGGGCCAGAACUUCCACAACUUUGAGGACCGGCUUGCGAACGGCCACGACCACACAAACAACAAUGGUGGUGGGCGCAACCGGAGAUCUCGGGCUGCGGGCGGCGCCAUCGACGACGACGACCUCGAGCGGGUCCUGGGCGGCGGAGGAAGCUGCGACGAUGAAAACUUCGAGGACAUCGUCUCGGAGAAGAUCAGCAAGAGCCGAACGUUCAAGCUGAAGAACUACAUCGAGAACAUCCUGGAGAACUUUCAGAACCACCAGAUGCUCAGUCCGCACACCUGCAUCGAUGGGCGGACGUUCAAGCUGCUCGACGACAUCGUUGUCAUCGUGGGAGCGCUGAUCAAUCUGCAGAAGCAGGAGAUCGACUAGCGCGCGUCACUACGUCGCCAGCGUCGCCGUCGUCGUCAUCGUCCUCGUUGGUAGAAGAACUCGCUGUCGCUUUAAGUCGCUACGAUGACCACAAAGAGAUCGAAACCGGGAGAGCAAGUUUUUAAGGCCAUAAGUGUAGCGCCAAAAGCGGUGGUGUGCGGUGGUUGUGUUGUUCAAACCCUGUAGUAAGGAAGAAUCGUUCAAGUGGAACUUUUUUCUUUUUCUUUUAUCAUAUGUGGUCGUCCGCUCUAUUUAAGGACCUUUCAUCAAAAAGGCACCACAAUUCCCAAUGGCAAAUUUCGUUGAAAUCAUCCUUAGAGACCUUUCAUUUCCCCUUUAGCUACACUGAAUUGUAUGAACUGUGAGAAGGUCGAUUAUACUAUCUUCUAUAUCUUGAUCGACACUUCUUUCGAUCGAUAGAAUGCAUGAACUUGUUGAGGGAGACGUGUUUUGUGUGUGAAGGACGAAGGACGAAAAUAAACAAACGGGCCAAACUAUGUUCCGAUACACGAGGCAUCCCUUGCAAAUGUUUCGGAAUUCCUGGGCACACAUGCUUCGUUUUGGCCGCUUUCGCGUCUUUCAUUCAAACCAUACCCCUUCCUCGAACGAUACUCACUCGCCUCCCCCACUUCUCGAUCUUCGUCUUCCUCUUGGACGCAAAUUGGUCCUGGUUUUUCAUAGAAUCGAACUUUUAAAUGUACUUUUCAUUUGAUAAAACCGGUAGUAAACUCUGUGUGUAUGCGCAUGUUGUUGUACGUUGUACAGAUGUAGUUCAGUAAGGCGAGGCGACUUGGGGAGAUAAAUGAUUCGAGAUUUGUGGAAUAGCUUGUUCAGCAAAUCCCGGGGGCAAAGUUGAAAGGGGGCGUAAAAUAGUUGAGCAAAAUCGAAUGGAAGUUAGUAGCGUAGUAGGCCUUUUACGGAAAGGGUUCGGAAUAACAAUGUGGAUUGCUUUACUUUAUUGUACAAAAAAAAAACAAAAAAUAAAAAAAGAUAGAUGAAGAA